GUUUCCUUAAACCUUAGGGUUUUGUGUCUUCUCUACACAUUGAGCAGCCAUGGUAGCAAAAAAACAGUUAGAUGAUGAACCACAAACCCUCAACAAUUCAACAAACAAUGAAUCUAAAUCCCAUAAGAAGCACAAGAGAAAGCUUGAAGAUCCUGAGAAUGAAAUUGUUGUAGAAUCCAAGAAAGAGAAAAAAAAGAAGAAAAAGAAACAAGAACAAGAAGGGUUUAAUGGAAAGAUUGAAACUUUAUGUGGGUCUAAUGGAAAUACUGAAAUAAUUGAUGGGUCAGUUGAAUUAUCUGAAAAAAAGAAGAAAAAGAAGGAGAAGAAGCAGAAACAAGAACAAGAAAAUGGGUUUAAUGGAAAGAUUGAAACUUUGAGGGGGUCUAAUGGAAAUACUGAAAUAAUUGAUGGGUCAGUCGAGUUAUCUAAUGGGGAAGUUGUUAAAGAAAGUAGUAGUACAAAUGUGGUGGUUACUGGUAAAGGUGCUAAUGAGUUAAAGUACAAAGCUUUAGUUAAGUUUGUUGAUUCAGGGUUACCAAGUGAAGUAUUGGAAUGUUGCAAGAAUUUUGAGAAACCAUCACCAAUUCAAUCUCAUUCUUGGCCUUUCCUUUUAGAUGGACGCGAUUUCAUUGGAAUCGCGAGAACUGGAUCAGGUAAGACAUUGGCUUUUGGUAUUCCUGCUAUUAUGCACAUCAUGGGUAAGAGGAAGAGUAAAAAGUCUAAGAAUCCGGUUUGCCUUGUGCUUUCGCCUACAAGGGAGCUAGCUCAACAAAUAUCAGAUGUUCUCUGCGAGGCUGGGAAGCCUACUGGUGUUCAGUCAGUUUGUCUAUAUGGUGGAGUUGAUAAGCACCAUCAAAAGGCUUCUCUUAGAUCUGGUGUGGAUAUUGUUAUUGGAACCCCUGGUCGUUUGCAGGAUUUGAUGGAAAUGGGAGUUUGCAAUUUAAAAGAGGUUUCUUUUGUGGUGCUAGAUGAAGCUGAUCGCAUGCUCGAUUUAGGUUUUGAACCAGCAGUCCGUGCCAUAUUGAGCCAAACAUGCUCUGUUCGGCAGAGUGUCAUGUUCAGUGCUACAUGGCCUGCGGCUGUUCAUCAAUUAGCUCAAGAAUUCAUGGAUCCCAAUCCAAUCAAGGUAGUUGUAGGGUCAGAAGAUUUAGCUGCCAACCACGAUGUCAUGCAAAUUGUCGAGGUAUUGGAAGAUCGAGCACGUGAUGAGCGUCUUCAAUGCUUACUGGAAAAGUACCACAAGUCCAGAAGGAAUAGAGUAUUGGUUUUUGUUUUAUACAAGAAGGAAGCAUCUCGUGUUGAAAUGAUGCUACAGAAAAGGGGUUGGAAAGUUGUGUCCAUUAGUGGUGACAAGCAACAACAUGCCCGUACUAAGGCGUUGUCACUCUUCAAGGAUGGAAGCUGUCCUCUAAUGAUAGCUACUGAUGUAGCUGCUCGAGGACUGGAUAUUCCUGAUGUUGAAGUUGUGAUAAAUUAUAGUUUCCCUUUGACAACAGAGGAUUAUGUUCAUAGAAUUGGAAGAACUGGAAGGGCUGGUAAAAAAGGUGUAGCUCAUACAUUCUUCACUAAGGAUAACAAGGGACUUUCUGGGGAGUUGAUAAAUGUCCUCAGAGAAGCUGGACAGAAUGUUCCAGCUGCCCUUCUUAAUUUCGGAACCCAUGUAAAGAAAAAGGAGUCCAAGCUCUAUGGUGCUCAUUUUAGAGAAAUUGAUGCAAAUGCUCCAAAGGCUACAAAAAUAAAAUUUGGCGAUUCUGAUAACGAAGAUUGAGAAAACCAAUAUCAUCGCUGCCAAUUUGUCAUUGAGUUGUAGCAACACAACUCCUUUGAAUUGGUUCCUCGCUUCAACAUCCCAACAUUCUAUAGAAUCAUUUGAGGCGGAUACAUGGAGAAGUGGAUCAUUGUGAGAAGAAUACAAGAGAUAUCUCACAGAUAUCCGCUCAUGUACGUCCACAGAUGCCUUAAUCUAUUGGCGCUGUAAUGUCCUAGAUAAUGAGUUUGAAGUAUAGUCUUUUAGAAUCUUAAUAUUCUUUUAUGCGAUUCGUUUCAUUUCCAGGAUGCAAAUGUAACUUUUUGAAGUAUAUCCCAGAUUGAUUGUUAAUUUUCUCUUUGUUA